AUGCAAGCCAUUGACAUUAUUCUUGACUACAGUAUUUUCUCUUUUGAAUACUGCAUAACUGUCCGUCUUUUCUCUUAUCCCAUUGAACAGUUUUUUCUGUGUGUGCUUCAGGUUGCCUCUUUCUUAUAUUACCAAGAGAAUAUGAAUGUUCUUGUUGAACCUGAGGUUCAUGACAUAUUUGCCAGAAUUCCGGGGUUUGGAUUUGUUCAAACCUUUUAUAGUCAAGAUACAAGUGACCUUCAUGAGAGGGUUGAUUUUGUGGCUUGCUUGGGAGGAGAUGGAGUCAUACUCCAUGCUUCAAACUUAUUUAGAGAUGCAGUUCCUCCUGUUGUCUCAUUUAAUCUUGGAUCCCUCGGAUUUCUCACGUCCCAUACUUUUCAAGAUUUUAAGAAUGACCUAAGACAAGUUAUACAUGGGAACAACACGAUUGAUGGUUUAUAUAUAACUCUUAGAAUGCGUCUCCGCUGUGAAAUGUUUCGAAAUGAAAAAGCAGUGCCAGGGAAGGUAUUUGAUGUCCUCAACGAAGUUAUAGUUGACCGUGGUUCCAAUCCUUACCCUUCCAAAAUUGAAUGCUAUGAACAUGAUCGCCUCAUAACAAAGGUACAAGGUGAUGGAGUUAUAGUAGCCACUCCUACUGGAAGUACAGCUUAUUCAACUGCUGCCGGAGGGUCUAUGGUAAGCUGGCAUGAGUCCAAUAAUUAGAAGUAUUUUAUCUUGCUUGAAAAUUAUAUGUAAAUUUAGUUGCUGUACAAGCUGGAUUGACAGACAUGGAAACUUUCGUGAUGCUUGAGGAUUUUAUUUAAAUUUAACUGCAUUAUGAAAGAUAUGCAACAACAACAAAGAACGAACUAAGCCUUAUAUGUAUUGCAUUAUAAUAGAUAUGCAAAAUUAGAAUAUGAAGGACUUCUGCACGAGGACAAUCUCCUGAAAAAAAUUAUUCAUGCGAAGAUUCACAGGGCUGGUUAAAUUGUUACUGUUUGGUUUGGGAUAAAAAGCGAUUCAAUAUUUUUUUUUCCAAGUAGCACAUAUGCUAAGUUCAACAUUAUAAUUGUGAGAGAAGAAAUGCCAGCAAGACAAAUUAAAACUUCUUUUUACUGGUUUCAACGAAAUGAGUCAUUUUCUCUCCUGAGCCCGAGGGAUAUGUGGUUGCUACAUUGAUUUCUGGUAGAAAUAAUUGGAACUUUUGUAUUAGUUGUUUUAGUGUUUCUACUUGCUAGUGGGUGGAACUUUUUUUU